AGGAAUCCAGUCCAAAUGUUUUCCAUAUUAGUUCAGAGCCUUCUCUGUUUCCAAAUAGCAGCCGAGCUGGGCUUAUGGUGAGAGGAGGCUUUGGCAGGGAGGGGAAGGGAAGGGGAGAGAGGCAGACGGCAGGCAGGCUCAUCCACCCCAAACAGUGCAACAGUAAAAGUCGAGAGUACAGAAAGGGAGAAGAGUGUAAAGAAAGGAGGAGAAAUGGGGCAGGGGCAGAAAGGUUCCUCAGACAAGAAGGAGGGCAAGAAGAAGAAGAAGAGAGAUGAAAGCCCAGCGCCAGAGGACGGCCAUAAGUGCAGAGUCUGUCGCUUCCCUCUGCUCGUCGCCCUGCUCCAGCUGCUGUUGGGGGUGGCCGUCACAGUCGUGGCCUUCCUUAUGUUGGCCAUCAGCCCCUCACUUCUGGCCAGGGAGACGCCACACUGGGCUGGAAUCAUUCUGUGUUUAGUUUCCAUCGUGGGCUUCAUCCUGUACUGCAUCACCUACCGCCGUGACGAGAGAUCGUCUUUGCAAUUCUGUGUCAAGCUCCUGUACUUCAUCCUGUGUACAAUCGGCCUGGUUAUUUCAGUGCUGGUUAUGGCGUUCGCCGGACACCACCACAGACAGACCAAUAGCUUCAGCUGUGAGCAGACAGGAGAGGACUGCGUGUGCACGCUGGAUAAAAACGACCCAAUAGCCCGCACCUUCACCUACGAGGGAGUCAGCAGCUGCGAGGACAUCACUGGGACACUCUCACUUUACUUCCUGAUCCAGAUCCUGCUGAACCUGGCCCAAGCAAUAGUCUGUGCCGUCGGUGCCUUUAUCAUGUGGAAGCACCGUUAUCAGGUCUUCUUCGCCGGCCUACAGAUCGGCUCUCCCUCCUCUCAGCAGUGGCACAAGGUUUAACACCAUGAUGACAGAGUUGAUAGGAUGACUGUGAUCAGUCAGAUCAGGUUGGAGGGUAGUGCCAGCAGUGUGAUUACACUCUGUGGGACGGGGACAUUUGCCUUUUUGGUGUGUGCCGAAGUGUGUUUUCUUUGAUAUGAGUUUAUAUUAACCUUUUGUGGUAGUUGUAUUAUUAUGGCUUUUUGCACAGAUUUUGUAUACCAUAUAAGUAACUUUAUACUUCUAGUUUCCAUUGUUAUAAAAGAUAACUUGAAUAGCUGAAAGGAGCAAAACAAGUGGUUUAUUUACAGAUAAUUUUUCCACAUUUAUAAUUAUCUUGCUCUCGUGACGUACAUAAUAUAAUCACAAGACAAAUUAUGAGCACAACACUGAAACCAAAAUAGUUCAUUUUGUUAUUCACUUGACUCCAAACAUACACACAAUAGCAACAUUUCCUUUGGUUUGAGUUACUGAGUUUUAAUGAUCAUGAUUAGUUCCAGUAAUGCUUUGAGAGGCAAACUGAAUCACUGUGUUGUCGGAUUAUGGUUUGCAAAAUGUUAAAUGGCACUGCCUUAAGCUUUGUUUUCACUCAGAAAAAAUGUCAAAUAUUGUCUAAAUGCUGUAGCAAAUAUUAGUGACACAUCCUUUUACAUCUUAAUUCUAAAAAAAAAAAUCUGUAUUAGUUUAUUGCCUUACAAUGAGAACACAUUAGACGUCGUAUUCAAGUUUUUCACUAUUAUUUGCAGCUGCCUGCUGUAACUCAUUUUCAGUGUUUGACACACAACAAAAGCAAACUAGGUGCAUUAACUCCAUGAAUAUCCUCUGUUUUGUCUCUUUUUCUACUAUAUAAACUGCAGCUCUGUAAAUAUCGCAUAAAAACUUGAUAUAAAACAACAGCAAAGUACUUUUAAACUUAAAGAAGUAGCCCCUUUAAUACUCCAAACAGUCCAAAACAGAUCCUGACAGCAGUAACACAAGCUGGGCAGGGUAUACUUCAUGAGACUGGAUCCAGACUGAACUGGGCUGUGGCUUGCGAAGGUGGAUGCCAGGCCAGUAGCCAGCAUGACUCAAACAGCCUGUAGGAGUCAAACUACUGCAGCCACAAAGGGAGGGGGGAAGGGGCCGGGGUGAGGAAAGGGGGGACUCAGACAGGCAGCUGGACGGAGGUCACUAAAUCAUCUCACAGUGUUUACAGUGUCUCGGGUUGUUUUCGUUCAGGCAGGACAGAGCAAAAGGGGUGAAACAACCAAAGUAUUGUAGGUUUGUAUUUUUAAGAAGGCUUUGCCCUGCGCAGAGGUUCAGCUUUAUUUUAUUCUUACUCUCGUCUCAGGUGCCAACAGCAGUCGCCUACAGUCUAUACAUGCUGAGUAGGGAAUGGUAAACGUGAGGCAGUUUCCGCAGCAAAUUAGAUGAACCAUGUGCCCAGAGGAAGAGUGUAAUUAGUGUGCAAUGCAAUCUACUUUCUCAAUGCUGAAAAAAAAGGUUGAUUGACUGGAAAAGAUGUAAAAAAUGCUGUUUAUUUUUCACCAAGUGUGGUGUUUGAGUGAGGGGAAAAAAAACCUGCCAACAAGUGCAUUUCCUCUUUCGAGACUAUCAUGCUGUUUGUGGUUACAAAUACAAAUUUUUGUUUCAGUUA